AUGAGGUCGAAAGAAGACAAGGAUGUGGUGCUAAGGAAAGGACCUUAUACCAUCUUUAGGCAGCCAAUGUUCCUGCAGGAAUGGAGACCUUACUUUUCAUUGGAUAAAGAUGCUAUUAGAGUUAUGCCAUUAUGGGUUAUUUUCCCCCAAUUACCACUUGCAUUCUGGGGUGAGAGUAGUAUUGGUAAAGUGGCACGCGCUAUAGGUAGACCAAUUAUGACUGAUGAGUGCACUGCGAAGAAAUUACGCAUCACAUAUGCUCGUUUACUCAUUGAAGUUGACAUCACUGCAGAGCUUAAAGAAGCCAUCUAUAUUCGAGAUCCUCAAGGAAAUAGGAUGCGACAACAAGUUGAAUACGAGUGGAAGCCGGCUUUCUGUAGGAAAUGCAAAAGGGUUGGACAUGAUUGUGAGAAACUGAGUAAUAAGAAGGCCCCUGUGACACAAAAGUGGGUUCAGAAACACCCUGCAGAUGGAGAAAUUGUCAAUAGCAAGCCUAAGACAACAGAUGAAGGUAGUGUACAGAAUAAAGCUGAGGACGAUUGGAAAAUAGUUGCCUCUAAUAGUAGGAAUGCUACAAUUAAAGGUAAAGCUGUCAGAAUUGAAACAGUUGGGAACACUGAAGAGUUAAUUGGCUGCAGCAACGGUUUUGACAUCCUUGGGAUGGAGGAUGGCAAAAUGGUGGAUGCUACAUGA